GCAAUAACAAAACUGUCCCUCUUGCUCUUGGGUUGACUUGGGAUCUUCAGACCAGAGAGCAGCUUACCGCCGGAUUCUUCGGGAUAUUUUAUCUUGUAUCUUGAUUUGGCUUCUACAUCGUACCAUCCCACACUGUCUUUAUCGUCCCUGCGACAAAUAUACGAACUAGAAUCGAGUCCAACGACGACGUCAACAACAACUAAGUUACUCCAAUAACACCAACAACAACGCCUUUUCCACUGUGCCUCACUUAACACGACGCUCCUCGGACCGCUUCUAUGGCUUCCACAUACGCACUGCCCGUUUCUCCUCUACCUCACACCCCUCACACCCACUACCACCAGCACUCCCAUGGCGGCCACGCCCACAGCCAUUCGCAAUCAUACAACCGCUCCUCGUCGCCCAGCAAGUUAGCUCCAGCAGGAUCCAGGCCGGCAUACACUCCAGGGACACCAUUGACCGGGAAUAUGCACUCGCGCACGCAGUCGGCGCACCUUCCCAACCAUCUUGCCAACCUGAACCCUGAUCGCUAUACGGUAUCUCCAGUGCGCGAACAAUCACCGGCGAAGUCUGGGGAUGAGAACCCUCUGGGGGACGAGGGCGAUGACACCCCAUAUCCAAAGAACCAGCCUACAACGCCUCUGUACUCGGAGUUUACUGGCGUCAACCUCAACCAGCCUGCUGAGGACCACCCACAUAAUGGCCAUGCCCACCACGGGCAUUCUCAUUCGCACGGGCAUUCCCAUUCCCAUGGCGACCAUUCUCAUGGCGACCAUUCCCAUGGUGACCAUUCUCAUGGCGACCAUUCCCAUGGUGACCAUUCCCAUGGUGACCAUGUCUGUCAAGGGCACCACCCAAAGGCAGUAGAGCCGCGGUCGAAAUUCACAACGUUUAUGCUGAAGCGUACGCUGAAUUUCCCGCUCCUGCAGUCUAUACUUCUCGAGAAAGACUCGCGGCGUAUUUUCUACUUUAUGAAUCUAAACUUUGCAUUUAUGUUGGUUCAGGCCUUCUACGGAUUCGUAACAGAUUCUCUGGGACUACUCAGCGACAGUAUUCAUAUGCUCUUCGACUGCAUCGCACUUGCCCUUGGCUUGUUCGCUGCGGUCUCGAGUAAAUGGCCAGCAAGCCAACGCUUCCCGUACGGGUUUGGGAAGAUUGAGAGCUUGUCUGGGUUCGGCAAUGGCGUGUUUCUCAUGCUUAUCAGUGUUGAGAUUAUAUUUGAGGCGAUUGAGCGCCUUGCGGUGGGACAUGAGAUGAAGCGAUUGAGGGAGCUUUUCAUCGUGAGCUCUAUGGGCCUUGCUGUUAAUUUGGUAGGAAUGGCUUGCUUUGGCCAUCAUCAUCAUGGCCAUGACCAUUCGCACGGAGGUCACAGCCACGGCGAGGAGAAACACGACCACGGCCAUGGCCAUGAUUCCGACUCCGACAUCCCUCUGAUAUAUGGUGCUGCAAAGCACAGCCACGGCCAUUCUCACGGCCACUCGCAUAACCACGGUCACUCUCACGGUCACUGCCACGACAACGAGAAUAUGCGUGGUAUCUUCCUCCACGUACUCGCAGACACCAUGGGCAGCGCCGCUGUCAUCGUAUCAACCGUGUUAAUCCACUUCCUCGGCUGGCCUGGAUGGGAUCCCCUCGCCUCCUGCCUCAUCGCAAUUCUCAUCUUCCUGUCUUCCCUCCCUCUGGUUAGCAGCUGCGCCAAGCGUCUUCUAUUGACUAUCCCGGCGGAUACGGAAUACAAGCUCCGCGAGACGCUGUCUGGCGUUAGCGACCUGCGAGGAGUGGCUAGCUACUCGGUGCCCAGAUUCUGGAUGGCAGAUGGCCCCAAUCUCGUGGAGGGCGAGCCAAUCCUGGGCGCUAUGCAUGUUAUCGCAACGCGCGGGUCCCAGCUCGACGACGUCCGCGAACGGACGCGAACAUAUCUCUUGGGUCAUGGGAUGGAUGUGGUUGUCCAGGUUGAGCGAGAAGGAAACGCAAAGUGCUGGUGUGGCGGCGACAACACGCGCACGCCCGCAAACUCGACAUCGCGCUUCUAGACGGAGUGAAAUCUACUUUCUUGUAUUUAUUCUGGUAGGGUGAAAAGCUCCUCCAACUUUACUGGUACAUUAUUAUUGCAUUAUGCUCGGAGUUACGGUGGGCAUUGAGGGCAUUUGGGAGGUUUGUUUAACGAUAUCACGUACAAGAAGGAUUAUACAAUUGUCAGCGCGUUAAAAAGAAAUAAAAAUAAAAUAAAU